UCAUAGGUUCCUGAAAAUAUCGAGCCGUGUGCAAAGAAAGGCAGGGCGGUGGAGGGGGCUCGGCGAGCUGAGGACCGUGUGCAAACCGCGUGUGGCGCAGCGGAGAGAGGAGGAACCGAAAAUAAACAGCAACGAGUCACGUAGUCGAGGUUGCAGGUGUAGUAGACUGAGGUGAUGAGCAGCAACGAGUGCUUUGGGUGCGGCCGCACGGGCCACUGGAUCAAGAACUGUCCGAACGCUGGACGUGGACGCAGCAAGGGCCGUGGCCGCGGCAAAGACCUGUUCUGCUACCGCUGUGGAGAGCCUGGCCAUGUGGCCCGGGACUGUGAGAGGACCGAGGAUGCGUGCUACAACUGUGGCCGUAGCGGUCACAUCUCCAGAGACUGCAAGGAGCCCAAGAAGGAGCGCGAGCAGUGCUGCUACAACUGCGGCAAGGCUGGACACAUGGCCCGCGACUGCGACCACGCCAACGAGCAGAAGUGCUAUUCCUGCGGUGGAUUUGGACACAUCCAGAAAGGCUGUGAAAAAGUCAAGUGCUACAGGUGUGGGGAGAUUGGCCACGUGGCCGUGCAGUGUAGCAAGGCCAGCGAGGUGAACUGCUACAACUGCGGCAAGGCUGGGCACCUGGCGAAAGAAUGCACCAUCGAAGCCACCGCCUAGAGCCCCAUUCCCUUGUCGCCCCUCCUUUUUUCUGAUUGAUGGUUGUAUUAUUUUCUCUGACAAAAAUCCUCUUCACUGGCCAAAAGGUUGGCAGGACAGAGGCUAGUCCCAGGCCAGUUGAGCUCUUGACAUGUUUAAAAGGAGGAAAGGGGUGGGUGGAAAAAAAAUGCGAAGAAAAAAAAACAAAACAAACAAAAGACGAUUUUUUUUCCACUUUCUGCAUUUAAUACAAAAAAAAAUGUUUAUGUUUAGUUUGGUAGAGGUGUUAUGUAUAAUGCUUUGUUAAAGAACCCCCUUUCCAUGCCACUGGUGACCAGGGAGGAAUGAGUGAGUGUGUAGGAGAGCAAGCGAGAGCGAGAGAAAGAGAGCGUCAACAGCAGCAUGAUCAUGUCAGUGUCAGGUUGGCCUCUCGGGCGUUGUGGAACCGCCUCCAUGAGAGGUGUGUUUAACGGAACGCAAGAAAAAGAGGAGGACUGGAGGGAGGGAGAGUGGGAGUUAAAAGAAGAAAAAAAAACAAUAUCAUGGGAAGUUUGUUUGAAGCUUCCGUGAGAUGAUUUGCUUUUUUUUUGUUUUUGUUUUGUUGUUUAGUGAACGUGAGUGAGUUAAUGGUGAGAUUCAAAAAAUGAGCAGGAGCAAACAGAACACGUGACAGUGAUGGUCUGGACGGAACAUUCCGCCACGGACCAGCAGUACGCAGCUAAGUGGAGAAAAACAAACAAAACAAAAGAAACGGUAAAUGAAAUACUACAACAGCUGAUCAACCCGUUUACAAGCGCAAGUCUGGGGAAAACUUUGAAUAAGUGAAACAUACAAGCUAUGUACAAAAAAGGAUGCAUUGGGUUUUUUUUUUUAUUAAUAAUAUUAUUAUUAUUAUUAUUUCUCUCUGUGAUGUCAGCUAAUGAACUAUGUGGUGCAGCUGACUGUUUAAAAGGAAAAUCUGACUUAUGGUUCCUAGAUCGCAAUGCCAUUUAGAUCGUUUUACCCAUGGGAUUCAAGAAAAAAAUAACUGAAACUGAAAAAGAGAAAAAGAAAAAAAAAACAGUUGAGGAGAUUCGGAGGCAGAAUUUGGAGCUGGAGGAGAGGAGAAUGUUUUCACAGAAUCAAAAAUGUUAUUUUUGUACAAUAUCACUUAGACUACUGUAAAAAAUAUCAUUUGCUUGUACUCAGUUUUUAAGUCGGAGGGUUAUUGCACCAGAAGUAGAGAUGAGCAUAGAGAUGUAAUUUUAAACUAUCAAUAAAGCCGCAAGAGGAGGAAGGCGAGUUAUGACUGAA